AUCAAUGGAGGCCAGCAGAAGACAGCAGACAGUCCAAUUGGGAGCACGCCAGCGGCCGAAGAGCAACUGGAACUGCAACUGGGAGACAAGAUGACGAGAUCGACCUACAUUUGGGCGCUAGCCGCCUGCCUGAUCGCCUGUGCGAGCGCCAGCUACGGCGGUCCCCAGGGCUACGGACCCGCACCCGGUGGCCAUGGCCAUGGCCAUGGUGGCCCCUCCGAUGGCGGUGCCGAUGCCGCUUCGGCGGCUGCAGCUGCUGCCGGCGGUGCCGGUGGAGCUGGUGGCGAGUACGGCGGCUCUGUUGGCGCUGCCGGUGCUCUCGAGUCCGGAGCGGAUGCCGCCGGAGUGGCUCAGGCUGGACAGAGCAGCUAUGGCUCCGACCAGAACAUCCCAUACAAGCCGGUGAACACCAAGGGCAACACCCUGACCUCAUCGAUCACCUACCCGCAGAACAAGGGCGAGAUCCUCAUCCACCGCCCGGCUCCGAUCAUUGUCAAGCGUCCGCCCACCAAGGUGCUGGUCAACCAUCCCCCACUGGUGGUGAAGCCCGCGCCCGUUGUGCUGCACAAGCCGCCAGCAAUCGUGCUGCGCAAGGUGUACGUGAAGCACCAUCCACGUCGCGUCAAGGUUGAGCCCGUGUUCGUCAAUGUGGUGAAGCCGCCAGCAGAGAAGUACUUCGUCAACGAGAACAAGCAGGGCUACGGACAGGGAUCCCAGUCGCACGGACACGGACACGGUGGCCACGGACACGGCGGACACGGAGGACACGGCGGACACGGACACGGUGGACACGGCGCCGGACCCCACGGUCCCGGCCCCCAUGACGGUGGUCGUGCCCUGCCCGCCUACGCUUCUGGUGCCGAUUCCGCCGCCGCCAGCGCCGGGUAUCAGCUGCUCCAGAGCGGCAACCAGGGUCUGUCCGCUCUCGCCAACAUCGCCGGCGGCGAACGCGAGGGUCCCUAUGGUCCCGCUCCCAGCCAUCAGCACUAUAGCGCCGGUCCCUCCGGACAUGGCGGCUAUGCUCCUCCCUCUUAUUAAGCAAGACGCGGCGGAGCUCACGGAUUGGGUGACUGCUGCGGCUCCGGAAUCCCCUGAAGCGGCUGUCCAGUCACCUCGUCAUCCGGCUGAUUAGUUACUAUGUUUAAAACCAGAAAACAAACCAAAAAAAAAAAAAAAACAAAACAACUCAGCCUGAUCUCGCCAAACGCCCAUGCCUACGCCCACGUCCACUCAUGCACUCAAAUCCGCACCCAAUUCCACCCACCCAUUAAACGGGCAAGGGGGCGUGGCACUCAGGUUUCUUUGCAAACAAAUAAAAAAUUUGAAAAAAUAA